AUGCUGAUCGUGUUUACAAGGCGCCACACUAAUGCUUACAUAACGGCAUUGGAGGCCCGAGUCGCUAGUCUCGAGCAGCAGCUCGCCAUGGUGGCUAAUAAACAUCCCGAGUCCCCAGAGUCCAUCGAAAAUUGUGGUCCCAAUGAUGAGGAACCGGCACUAAUUACCGCGGAUCCAUCGCAGAGCCCUGCACCCGUUGUUUCAACGGUCGAUGUGAUGGACGAGCUCGCCAACUCUCUUGGGUGCUUCACUCUCGGUGAGACUGGAGAGUUGCGCUAUUUUGGCGCAUCCAGUAACUUUUCCCUCAUUCAGAACCACUCCAUCAAGAUCCCCUCCUCACUCAAGGCGCGUAACCGGGGUAUCGAAGCAGCAAGGGCAAUGCCUGGCUACUUUGAGCCCUCGGAUGAGCUGCGUGAUGAACUCCUCACUCUGUAUUGGAGAUGGCAGAACUCUUGGCAAUACAUCGUCCCCAGAGAAUUGUUUGUGCGGGAUUUGUAUGUUGAUCAUGUUGACAAAUACUGUACACCACUCCUCCUCUUUUCCAUUCUGGCUUUCUCAUCGAGGUACUCUCGUAGACGGGAGCUUAGGACUGAUCCAGAUGACGGCAACACAGCUGGAGAAGCAUUUGCUGCUCAGGCUAGGACUAUGCUUCAUCAUGAGUAUGAGGCUCCAACAACCACGACGGUUCAAGCUGCUGCUCUACUUGGUCUUUACUGGGCUUGCAUCGACAAUGAAGGUCUGGGAUUCAUGUACAUUGGCAUGGCGUCGAGAAUGGCCAUGAACCUGGGACUCCACUGUGAUUGUUCGUCGUAUGCAGUCAAGAGUAUGAUCACCGAGGACGAUGUUGAAGCACGGACAGUUACGUUCUGGGGUAUAUAUAUCCUUGAUAAGCUUUACUGCCUUGGCAUGGGUAGACCCGCUAGUAUCCAGGAAUACAACAUCACGACCACCAAACCCAAGGGACUUGUGCCGGACAGUCCACUACUGACUGAGGCUCAAUUGAAGUGCUCGACACCUUGGCCUACCACCCACAUUACCGAAAACGCAAUGUAUACCUGCGAUUUAUUGAUGAUCACAUCUGAAGUCAUUGAUCAAUUGUACGCUCAGAGGUAUGCAUGGACGGACAAGGAACGAGAAGACCGAGUGAUGAAGGCCCACUUGGAAGCUGUGGUUCUUUUCGAUCGACUCCCCAAGAGUUUAAAGAUCUCAAACUCGAGUCUGCAGUGCUCUCCUCCCUAUGUCUACCAAUUUCAUGUACAAUACCAUCACACCAUUCUGCUUCUUCAUCGACCUUUCUUCCAACUUCUCAAUCCUGGAAAGAACUCUAUCUUCUAUGACCCUGAAGGUGGAGACAUCCACUCCAAGUCCGUCAAAGACUCUGCAGUGAGAAUUGCCAGGAUUUUGCAAAUCUUUAUCAAGAACUACACAGUUGAACGCGUUCCCAUCUCAGUAGUACACCCAGCCUUCACAGCCUCCAUCUUCCAUCUCCUCCACAUUAAAUCUUCAGGAGAUGUGGGAAGGAGCGAAGCUAUGAGAUGUCUUACGACUUGCAUCGUGGCGUUGUAUGGGAUUAAUAUAAGUUGGAAUUGGGCUAAUAGGUCAAUUCGGGCUAUUCAGUCACUUGCUCUAGAGUGGGAGAUUGACAUUUGGGCGCAUGGCUUGGCUGAUGAGAUUCCCGAGGAGAGUCGGUUACAGUUUGAGCGAUAUGAGAUGGAUGAUGUGCCAGUCAUUGCUCAGGCUCACAUUGGGUCAACGGAAGGGAUUUCUUUGGAUGAUAUUUUUGAGUCGUGGGAGUAUGGGCAGGUCUUUGAUGAAUCGUCUCUUAGUUUCUUUCAUUGA